GGGAUCAGUACUACCUCGGAAGUUGUAGGAGACACCUCCUCUCUUCCCCCCCCUCUAGGAACCCUGGUACCAACGAAGCGGGUGAAGUGCCUGUGGCGGGGCGGGGCCUGGGGGACGGGGUUACGGCGCUGUACCCCGUCCCCAAAAGACCCCCGCUUCCGUUACUUUAUAGCCAUGGGCUCCCAACCCCCCAACUUCUCAUGGGUGCUCCCGGGCCGCCUAGCGGGGCUGGCUCUGCCCCGGAUCCCCGCCCACUAUCAGUUCUUGUGGAGUCAGGGAGUGCGGCACCUGGUGUCCUUGACCGAGCGCGGGCCUCCCUACAGUGACACCUGCCCGGGACUCAGGGUGCACCGGAUCCGCGUCCCCGACUUCUGCCCGCCGACACCCGAGCAGAUCGACCGCUUCGUGCGCAUUGUGGACGAGGCUAACGCGCGGGGAGAGGCUGUGGGGGUCCAUUGCGCCCUGGGCUAUGGGAGGACAGGCACCAUGCUGGCCUGCUACCUGGUAAAGAAGAGAGGCCUGUCAGGGAGACAAGCUGUGGCCGAGAUCCGGCGGCUUCGACCAGGUUCCAUCGAGACCCGGGAGCAAGAGAAAGCAGUUUACCAGUUCUACCAACGAACCAAAUAAGGAAGAUGUGGUACCUUUCUUUCCUCCCAAUCCAUAUGAUGCAUGGGUUUGAGAAGCUAAAGCCAGGUCUUCCUGUGGGAGAAUGGAAUGAGGAUCACAACAGCAACCAUAAUGUAUGUGUACCAGAAGAAAUAACACCUCUGUUCCUACUGGGUAGUGAAAAAACCUGAAGAUGAGGAUGGCCAACAUCCGUGGGUAGUACCAUUAUAGACUUGUGUACAUGGGCAAACAUUAUGUUUCCCUCAAUAAAAUGAUCAAUGAAAUGUC